AUGCGUGUAGUAAUAAUUGGCUCGGGACUGAUUGGUCGUUGUUGGAGUGUAAUAUUUGCUCGAACUAAACAUGAUGUUUAUCUAUUUGAUGCCAUUCCAUCGAUGCUCACUUUAGCUCUAGCUGAUAUUCGUCAACAACUUGAACAACUUGAUCGCUUUAAUUUAUUAUUUAAUCAAACAGUAGAUGAUAUUUUCAAACAUGUUUACACAAUUGAAGAUGAAGAAAAAUUAAACGAAUUAUUUCGGCAAGGUAUUGAUCAUGUUCAAGAAUGUAUACCUGAAGAUGUUGAAAUGAAAAAAAAUCUAUUUUUACAGCUCGAUAAAAUCAUUCCAUUGAAUAGUUUAUUUGCAAGUUCAUCAUCGUGUAUUAUGCCAUCGAAAUUUACUGAACAGAUGACAACAAGAAAUCGUUGUAUUGUUGCACAUCCGAUAAAUCCACCAACAACAAUUCCACUUGUUGAAAUAAUUGGUGCGCCAUGGACAGAUGAAGCUUUUGUUGAUUUAGCUAUGGAAAGAUAUCGUUCGAUUGGUAUGGAACCUAUUCGACUUAAAAAAGAAGUUGAUGGUUUUGUUGUAAAUCGUCUUCAAUACGCUAUUCUUUCAUCAGCUUUGCAAUUAGUCCAAGAUGGAAUAGCUGAACCUGAAGAUGUUGAUCGAGCAAUAACACAUGGAUUAGCAUGCCGAUGGUCAUUUAUGGGACCAUUUCAAACAAUUGAUCUCAAUGCACCAAAAGGAAUUAUUGACUAUUUUGAUCGAUAUGGUUCAUCAAUGCAACGUGUUUUAGCUGAUAUGAAUUUCCCAUCUGAUUGGACACAAGAAACUAUCGAAAAAGUUGAUAAAUAUUUUCGUUCAAAAUAUCCAGUAGGUGAAAAUGGUAGUGGCUUAACUGAUAAAAAACUAUGGCGUGAUCAACGUCUAUUAGAUUUGGCGAAACAUAAGCAAACAUAUACUGAUCGAGAUUAUCGUAUUGUUCGUUAUCCAUUAUUUAUACCAAAUGAUCAAGGAGAAUCAAUGAUUCAAGCCAUUGAAAAAGAAUUAAAACAAGUUUAUAAACAUGUUAAAGUAAGAUUAGUACAAAAUAAUGAAGUAAACAAGAUGGAUUUAUCUGCUGAACCUUGGAAUUUAGCAGGAUCAAGUCUCGGAACAAAUGGAAUGUUUUGUCAAUUAGGUGGAGCAAAAAAUGUUGAAUUUCAACAUGGUCAUUCAAUACGUUUUGAUAUGUCAAGUGUGCUUGAUCAAUUACAUAUUAAUAAUAAAGAAACACUUGUCAUUGGACCAGGUGCUGCUGAUGGAACAUAUCUUAAUACUAAUGGCGAACUUGUAUUCAAUAUGACUCUUGAUCAAUACAAUAAAGUCAUUACACAACGUUCAUACAGUUCAAUAGUAACGCAAGGAGAACAGCCAUGCCAAAGUUUAUAUCAAAUAAAAACAUGUGGCCCAUUUCAACAUGUGAUGAUAUCAUCAAUUGAUCGUACUAAAUCAACAAUUUUAGUUGAAAUCGAUGUUCAAGAACGUUUAUUUGAUGAUAAUGAAGAAGAAAAUAAUUUCAUUUCAACUAUAAGACGUAGUUUAAAACAAUAUUCUAAGGAACCAAUGGCUCUUGGAGGAAUCUUCCGUAUUGAAAAAGGUGCAGUCAAAGCACAUGUUAUGCCAGAUUUUGUCAAUGAAGAUUUACUGGGAAAACAACAAGUUGAUCAAUGGUUAAAAUUUUAUGAUAUGUCUGCACCGUUAAAUUGUUUAUCUGUUUUAUUAACUGAUGAUAUCAAUAAUGCUGGUUUUCGUUUAGAACAUUCACAUUUUUUUAGUGAUCAUGGACAGUCUGGACAUUAUCAUUUUGAUGUAACACCUAAAGAAAUACAUUACCGUGGUUAUUUUAUAUUAUGUGAUGAAGCUAUCAUAGUUGAUCCGGUUGUAUGA